AACUCUUGCGUCUUUAUAAGAUAAAGAUAAGUUCAGGCUGUGUCAUUAAUUUCUGAGAGUGAGGUUCAGUCUCAGAUCUGAGCAGCUGGCCAGCAAUGGGGGAGAAGAAAAAUGCGAUAAUGGUGUUGAAGGUUGAUCUUCAGUGUGAGAAGUGCUACAGGAAAGUGAAGAAAGUGCUGUGUAAAUUCCCUCAAAUACAAGACCAGGUGUAUGACGAGAAGCGGAACACAGUGACGAUCAAAGUGGUGCGUUGCAGUCCUGUGAAGAUCAUGCAAAAGAUAUGCUGCGAAGGAGGUGAAUCCAUCAAGAGUAUUAUGAUUGUACCUCCACCCAAGCCUAAAGAACCCAAGAAGCCUAAAGAGCCCGAAAAUCCUAAAGAGCCCGAAAAUCCUAAUGCAGGUUGCAGAAUAAUGUGAAAAUUAAUGGAGGUGCAUGCAUCAUUUGUCGUUGCCCCUUUGGUUUGGUUCUUACUACAAAAUUAUUGUACAAGAAGACAAUAAAGAUAAAAACAAAGUUAUUAAUAAGAUAAUACUUUUAUCAA